GCGACAGCUGCUUCUGUCCGGCGGGGGGAAGGAGGUAUUAGGUUCCUCCUUGCAAGUGACUGUCCAAACUACUGUCUCUUCCCUUUUCCCAGUGGAGGGACAUGAGUGUCCCUGGGCCGCCGUCCCUGGAUGGGCUCCGCACUGGGCCACCCAACAGUCUAGAGGCCGGGGAGCCGACGCCGGGUUUAAGUGACACUUCUCCAGAUGAAGGGUUAAUAGAGGACUUUCCUGUAGAAGACAAAGCUGUGGAGCAACUGGCAGAAGGAUUGCUUUCUCAUUAUUUGCCAGAUCUGCAGAGAUCAAAACAAGCCCUCCAAGAACUCACAUAUAGAACUCCGUUUGUUGCAUCCGGCGCUGGGCGGGCGAGUUGCCACAGCCAGGGGCGUCUGCAACGUACUGGCCUUGGGAUGUGGAGCCUUGGACAGAACCAAGUUGUAUUAUUAGACACACUGGAACAAGAAAUUUCAAAAUUUAAAGAAUGUCAUUCUAUGUUGGAUAUUAAUGCUUUGUUCACUGAGGCUAAACACUAUCAUGCCAAAUUGGUGAAUAUAAGAAAAGAGAUGCUGAUGCUUCAUGAGAAAACAUCAAAGUUAAAAAAAAGAGCACUUAAACUGCAGCAGAAGAGGCAGAAAGAAGAGUUGGAAAGGGAGCAGCAACGAGAGAAGGAAUUUGAACGAGAAAAGCAGUUAACUGCCAGACCAGCUAAAAAGACAUGAAAAGUUGUAUUUGUGUGUUUUCUUCCCCAUUCAAUAUUUGGAUUAAGACAACUUAAGUGUGUAGAUUGAAGUUGAGGUAGUGCCUUAUACCAUGAUUAUGGUUUCUCCAUAUUUUCAUUUCAGACAUUCAAAAGCCUUUCUUUCUAACUAGCGUGCACAAUGUCACUUGGUUUUGAUAUGUUUAUGUAAUUUCUUCAACUUUUGUUUAAUUUUAAAAUUCAUUAUUUUGGCCUUGAAUCAUUUGUAAUCUAGAAAAUAGUUUGUUACAAGUCUAGUUCUAGUGUUUUAAAAUUAGUAUAAAUUUUUUAGCUUCUUAAUGAAUGUAGAUUUCAGUUUCCAUUUCUUAUUUUAUAAAAUGACUUGCCUUUCUGGCAAUACAAUGCUGAAUGUUGGUAAUUGGUCUUCUCAUUGCUUAAUUAAGAAAUGCCAACUAUAUAAUCACAUAUGCCCCUGAAAAAGAGGUAAAAAGUGCAUGCCGGGAUAUUACAGCUCUUCAGACAUGAUAUAUGUAAAGUAAGAUGCCAGAUAGAUUCUACUAACCAUAUUCUCUCUCUGCUUAGUGUUGUUGCUGUUUCUGUACCUUUGGGUUCAAGGUAUUAUAGAUUACAUCUAUUCCUAAAGUUUGAUAAGCUCACUCAAAUGAGCUUAUAUAUUUAUAAUACUUAGCAAUAGUCAUCACACACUGAGAUACAGUUUCUGUGCCGGGCGCGGUGGCUCACGCCUGUAAUCCCAGCACUGUGGGAGGCUGAGGAGGGAGAAUCGCUUGAGCUCAGGAGUUUGAGACUCGCCUGAGCGACAGUGAGACCCCGACUCGUGAAAAAAAUGGAAAAACCCAGCCGGGCGCCGUGGCGAGCGCCUGUAAUCCCAGCGGCUUCCGGAGGCCGAGGCAGCGGGGUGCCCGCAGCCCGAGUCUGAGGUUGUGGUGAGCUACCACGCCCACUGCACUCUGCUCAGGGGCAUAGGGUGGGACCCUGUCUCAACAACAACAACAAAAAAAAAAUUCGUAAAGUAGAAUGGUAUGUAUCAACUACCCACUUAAGGAUAGGAAUGGGGAAAAUUAGUAAAUAGCUUCACGAAAGAGACAGCAUGAUAUCUUUAGUGUUUUCUAGAAUUUUUUCCUGAUAUUUUAUGUAGAAACUUACUGUGUGAAGAAAAUAGUAUGAAGUUUCAUUGUUUAAAAUCGAGAAUGUAUUCACUGUUUUAGUAUUUAAUAUCUAACUGGUCUCCUAUUACAUAGGGACUUUACAGAACCUAUGAAGGUAUAUGAUGAGAAUCUGUAUCUUUUAUAACUUGUAUUACAUUUUUGGUAAGCUGGAAUCACUACCUCUGAUCACAUAUCAGGCUAAUGGUGGAGAAAGCAUUAGAUUUGAAUGGUAAGAGCUGGUCUGCUUAAAGAUUAAAUAGUUUGUUCAAAAGAGCCUUUCAUUCUUUAAUGAAUGAAUUAUGAUGUCACAAUUCACUUACUUUGACCUUAUAUUUAGGAAUUUAAAUAUAUUUUAUUUGAAAAGGCCAGGUGUUGCCCUCAAACACUUGCUGAAACUGCCUAAGGUGUGAUAUAUUAGGGCUUGCAGGACAGUGUCACCCAAAUUGCUGAAUGUACGCAUUUACACUCUGACAAAGGCAAGUGUUGUUUCUCAGAGUGGUUUUAGACAAACUGCAAUAGUUGUUUAAAAGCUGGCUCCUGAAUUUAUUCUAAAUUUACUGAAGCAUACCUGGAUUUUUUGUUUGUUUUUCUUUGUUUUUAAAGUUUCCCACAAUGAUUCUGAUGUACCUUAAAAGUUGAGAACCACAGGUCUAACAGUUUAGGUCAGGGUUUUCCACACUAAAUUGCAUAGUUUUAUCACCUGGGAACUUAAAACAAAAAUACAGACAUUCUGGACUCGUCAUUAGUUAUGAUGUGGAGCCCAUGUAUUUUUUAAAAAGCUCCCCAGAUAAUCUUCAUAUAAGGGGCACCCUCAUAUAGACUAUCUAAAGACUUAUAUUUAUAAGCAAUAAAAUAGCUUAAAAGCUACCCAGUAACUCUUGGGAUUAAUCUUAUGAAAUAAAUUCUGAACUGCUUUUGAUAUAGUCAGAUUUAAAACUGAACUCUAGCAGACAAGAAAGAGAGAUACAGAAUUUGGGUUAGUUAAUUGAACUUUUGGGACCUGUUUUAAAAUAAAUGUAUGUUGAAUGAGCAGCAAAGCAUGUAUACUUUUAGAAUUAUAUUAUUUAAGUUUUGAAGACUUUUAAAAAAUGUCUUCAAAUAAAUAUAUAUUAGCAUCUACUAUUUUGAGGUCAGUUGUGAAUUGGAAGUGCUGCUAUCUUGGUAAUUAAAAUCUAAAACUUAUAGCUGUAUUUUAGUAACAUAAAAACAUAUCUUACUGACUAAACCUGAAUGGAACCCUGACAAUUAGUCUUAACUGUAUUUUUGCACAAAAUAGUGAAUUGGUAUUUAGGAAGCUUCUGGUUUUUUGACUAAAAAAAAAUUGCCUUUGUUUUGAAACUACAUCACAUGUGUACUGCACUGAAAUAAUGGGAGUUUAUUUUCUCUUUACUUUGCAGUAAGUGUCGUGUAAAUACACAGACGUUGAAUGUAAUAUAUAGAUUGUGUCUGCAGUGUUUUAGAGUGGAUACAGUUUAUAAAUAUAUCACUUUAUAUACCCACAUACAUUUGUCUGAUUUUGAGCUUGUACAAUGAGAACUAUUUUUCACGUAUUUAAUAAAGAGGUCUCUGAAUU